CCUCGCAGCUCAGCCUCGGCCCGAACCUUACCUCGUCCCACAGUUCGUUGAAAACUUUGCACUGUUUCGAUCACUUUUUAUCUUUCUGCGCAACACCUCCCCCACCCCUCUCUUCUCUCUCUCUCUCUCUGCUCUCCAUUUCUCUCGCCGAUUCAGCUCCAAACCCUAGGAUUCGUGAAAUCGAAGGCUAUCAGUGGAUCGAUUCUGAGCUUCAGUGGUGGCCGAAAACACGCCAAAAUUUAGCUGUUGAAGAUUUUGGGGAUUUAAUCAUCUAUGCCUGGCAACGAAGUUGGAGACAGGGUACACAAUUUCUUUGCACAAGACAACUUAUCUCAGGGCCAGCAUCGUUCGCAGGUUGUGGACGGUAAUUGGCCUGUCUUAAACAACAAUCUCUGGGUUGGAAGCCAGGGGCAACUUGGUUUACCGGGUUCAAGUCCAAAAAAUAACAAUCUGCAGCAAUCAGAUAGAGAGAGAGGGCACACCAACCAUCCUCUUCAUGCUCCACAUGGCUUGAACUCUGCACAGUCAACUUUGAGGCCAGAAUUUGAAAGAAGCCAGUCUCAAGGUCAACAGCCAAAUUUGAAUGGCUAUAUGUAUGGAAAUCAGGUUUUUCAGACAAGGCAGGAUGAAACAAACUUUUUGGGAGUGGAUACAGAAUCUGAUCAGCAUAAUCUAACCUCGAGAGGCUUAUCUGUCUAUGACUCUCAGCAACGGAGUGGUUGUGAUUAUCAAACAAAUACUUCAGCUAGGCUGGAAACAUCUGAAUCUCCUGUUAAUUUUGAUUUUUUUGGUGGUCAGCAGCAGAUGAGUCGCCAGCAACCAGGCAUGCUACCAUCCUUGUCGCAGCAGCAGUCUGGGUUAAAUGACAUGCAGCAACUGCAACAACAAUUCAUGUUCAGGAAAAUGCAGGAGCUUCAGAGGCAGCAGCAUCUUCAGCAAGUAGAUGCGAGACAACACAAUUCAAUGAAUCAGUUUUCCAGCUUUGCCAAACAGGCAUCUGGUAGCCAUUCACCUGCGCUGAUUAAUGGUACUCCAAUUGCUGAUGCAUCUAAUCACCCUUGGGCAUCAGAGCUGACAGCCGGCAACACAAACUGGAUGCAGCGUGGUUCUCCAGCAGUGCAGGACUCCUCUAAUGGACUUGUUUUUUCCCCUGACCAAGCCCAGGCAUCACACAUAAUGGGUUUGGUUCCUCAGCAGGUUGAUCAAUCUCUAUAUGGAAUUCCAGUUUCUAGCUCAAGGGGCAGUCUAAACCAAUAUCCUCUUAUGGCGAUGGAUAAGUCUUCGAUCCAGCAAAUGUCAACCUUAAGCAAUACAUUUGCAAGUAAUCAAUACGGUAUACUCCCUGACCAGGUUAGUGUGCCAGAUGGGAUAUUGAUUUCAAGGCAUGGCUUUCAAGGGGAAAAUUUGUUUGGACAUGCAUCUGGUCAAUUUCUAAAUAGUGGGAUAAACAUGGAGGAUCUUCAUAUAGUGAAUUCCCUGCAAAGAAACGCUCCUCUGCAGGAAUCGCAAGGGAGGCAGGAGUCAGCAGGUCUGUUGGAGCCAUUGCAAGGAAAAAGAGAGAUGCAAGUUUCAUCUCAAAAUGCAGUUGCCCUAGAUCCGACUGAAGAGAAGAUUUUGUUUGGUUCAGAUGAUAAUAUAUGGGAUUCCUUUGGCAGGAGUGCCAAUAUGACUGGAGGAGCCAGUAAUCUGUUAGAUGGUAUGGGGUUUCCUUCUCUUCAAAGUGGUAGUUGGAGUGCUCUUAUGCAGUCUGCUGUUGCUGAAACUUCUUGCAGCAACAUGGGGAUACUGGAGGAAUGGAGUGGCCCGAAUUUUCAGAAUACUGAAGUUGCAGCUGGGAAUCAUCAGCCUUCAAUUAAUGAUAAUGAUGGUAAACCACAAACAGCUUUUGCCAGUGACAGUAUACAGACUGCCUCAGCUAUCGGUUCUGGAUCUUUUUCCCCUGCAGAUAACACCAGUAUGAACAAUAAUUGUAACAGUGCCCUGGGAUUUCAGCAAUCUGGAACAAAGUUUUCAUAUGAACAUGGUGAAAGUCUACUGUCCAAUUCUUCUCAAAGAGCCAUUCAACAGUCUUCAGUAGGAAGCAAGCAGUUAAAUCGUGAUACGCAGAAAAAGCAACUUGCUGAAGGCAGCCAGAUUUAUGAAAAUGCUUCCUAUUCUCUGGAUGCAGAAAUGAAUGCAAAGAGCAGUGCAGGUCCAUGGACAUCUCAGCACAUUGGAUCUAGCCAAUCACGCAAUAAACCUAAUGGUUGGAAUGUUACAGAAUCUGUAUCGCCUGGUGGGGAUGAGGUGUUCAAAAGUCAUGAGAACAAGGACUCAUUGCAGCAUUCUCAGAGUAACAUUCAGAAGGGAGCGUUGAAUAGGGAAGUGGGUUAUGGUGGUGGUUUAUGGAAGGUUAAUGCUUUUCCUAGUUCAACUGGUGAAUUGGUAAAAUCUUCUGUGGGCAGUCCACAGGUGAACAGAGAAGACCACACUUCCACUAUGAGGGAAAAUAUGUUGUCAGAUGCUAGUGAUUCACAGACUCUGCCUGGUGGGAAGCAAAAGUUAUCUAAUCAGGUUGGUCGGAGAACUUCUGGUCCUCGCAAAUUUCAGUAUCAUCCCAUGGGAAACUUGGAUGAGGAUGCAGAACCUUCUUAUGGAACAAGACAGGCUACCCAUUUACAGAUCCAGUCCCUGCAGAAUUCUCGAGGAUUUAGAAGUCACGAUCAAGGGCAAUUUGGCCAGUCAAAGUUUUCUGGUCAGGCUAGUAAAACUCCUCCCGAUAUGGGGAAGGAGCAGUUACUGGAUCCUCAAGGAGACACCAAAAGCUUUAAUAAGGCACCAUCCAGGGGGAAUAAUCCUGGUUAUGUGCCCGAUGUGUCUGCUUCCUUUGACAUGUCUGUUGGUCCAAAUGCACCAAACAAAACUUCACAGUCAAGCCAAAAUAUGCUAGAGCUUCUUCAGAAGGUGGAUCAAUCAAGAGAGCGUGGAACCAUAAUGAAUUUACGCCCUUCUGAACACAACCUGUCAUCUGAGAUGCUCGAAGCAGAAGACACUGAAGGAUCUGAUUGUCGCCUACGGCAAAGUCAGUCUUCUGCUUCUCAAGGUUUUAGUUUACAACUGGCGCCUCCAACCCAGCGAUUGCCCCCUCUAAACCGUUCAUUAUCUCUUCAGAGCUCUGCCCAGACACAUAAUUCUUUGAGUUCACCUCAGACUACACCUGAGAUGAGAGACAAUGGUCAUACACAGUUGUCUUCUGCAGCUACCGUUCAUUCUUUGCCUUCUCCCAGUGAAACAUCCUGGGAGGAAUUGAAAAGUGAUAGAACUAAUGUUCUAGGACAACCUGGCGGUGAAUCCUCACUGUAUAAAAUGCCUGGAAACUUUUCUACAGCGUUUGAUUCUGGUUUUCCUUUCCCAAGAAGUCAGCUUCAAAAUCAGUACAUGACUGGUGCGAGUGGACAAGUUUCAACAAAUCACUCUAUCAAUGCAUCUGCUGAUAGAAAUGCUUCCCAAUCUAAACAGACAGAUGAGUCUUUUAUACCUCUUACUGGUCAAUCAGCAGACAAAUCUCAUUCAACUUGUACCAGCCAUCCUUAUGAAAGAGUCUCAGCCUCCCAAAUUUCAGUUGGGGAGGUUCUGCCUGUCUCUCAGCCUUUCACUACGUCUAGCAUCUCUCAGCAGGAUGCCUUUCCAAAAAUGUCACCUAAUACAUGGACCAAUCCUCCAGCACAGCGACAUUUAUUAGGUGCUCAAGGUCACAAGAUUUCUUCAAAAUUUUCCCAGUCUCAUCAAUCAAGGCUUGCAGAAUCAGCACCCUUCUUACCACAAAAUCUUGGGGAUCAAGAUGUGGGAAAAGGUGGGAGUAUCCCAUCUGAGCUUGGUGCAGCUUCUGUGAAUUCACAACGUUUCGUUUGUGGGGAAGAGCAACUGAUGAAGGAAAGACUCGAUCAGGAAUUAUCAUCUGGGAACAUUGAUGAUACACAAAAAAAGAAUGAGUUACAAUGGAAAGAGCUCACCAUCAAGCAUCCCUCUGAUGCAGGUUCUGCGAGCCCUACUUUAACUCAGAGAGAUAUUGAAGCCUUUGGACGUAAUCUAAAACCAAAUAGCCGCUUUCAUCAAAAUUACUCCUUGCUGAAUCAAAUGAGGGUCAUGAAGAAUUCAGAGACUGAUCCAAGUAAUGGAGACUUGAAGAGAUUGAAAGGACUAGAUGGUGGCCUAAUUGGUCAGCAAGCAGCUCAUAAUGCCGGGCAGUCAGAUGGAUACAAUACCAUGGUUGGAGAUGCCUUAGUUCCACAUGCUACAAUUCCAUCUGGAGAUUCUAAAAUGCUGAGCUUUUCAGGACCAGCAGAUAGUUUGGAAAGAAAUGCAUCUUCACACCUUGGAAACGUCUCUUAUCAAGAUAUGAAUUCUCAGAAUAACUAUCGUAACAAUACUACAGGUUCUGUCAGAGUUGAUAAUUCUCAGAUUAGUCGUCAAAUGGCUCCAUCCUGGUUUAGUCAGUAUGGAACCUUUAAAAAUGGGCAGAUGCUGCCAAUGUAUGAUGCACGAAAAGGUGCUACUGCAAAGACCAUAGAACAUCCAUUCACUCUUGGGAUGUCUUCUAGUGGAUUGGCUACACUUAAUUCAAUGGAACGGGUAAGUGCUGCCGUUGAUACAAAUCAUUUUGGUAAUACCUGGCAAACUUCAAGCCCUGCAACAGUAGCAGCUGAGCAUAUCUCUUCGCCACAGUCAUUGCCUCCCGAUGUCCGUGGUCAAGGUCUGGUGGUUUUGAGACCAAAAAAGCGCAAGAGUGCUGAAUCUGGGCAUCAUCCUUGGCACAAAGAAGUGUCACAGGGUUAUUCAAGUUGUCAGACUAGCAGUUUGAUUGCUUGCAGCACGGCAGAAUUAGAUUGGGCCAGAGCAGCAAAUCGACUGACUGAAAAGGUUGAAGAUGAUUUUGAAAUGAUUGAAGAUGGACAACCACUUGUUAAACCAAAAAGACGGCUUAUUUUGACCACACAGCUAAUGCAGCAACUGAUUCGGCCACCCCCAGCAGCAAUUCUUUCGGCAGAUGCUAGUUCAAACCAUGAGAGUGUGGCUUACUUUGUUGCUCGUCUAGCUUUAGGGGAUGCAUGCAACCUAAUUUUCAGUUCACGAAGUGAUUCCAAUAUGCCCCGUGAUGGCACAAUCUUCCUUUCUGACCAGUGCAGAAUAUCUGAGAGAAUUGAUGAACAGGACCUUUUAAAAGUUAUGGACGACUUCAUGGGUAGAGCAAGGAAGCUAGAAAAUGAUUUCUUGAGACUGGACAAGAGAGCAUCUGUCUUGGACUUGAGAGUGGAAUGCCAAGAUCUGGAGAAGUUUUCUGUCAUCAAUAGGUUUGCCAAGUUUCAUGGCCGGGGCCAAGCUGAAGGGGCUGAUACCUCAUCAUCGUCUACCGAAGCAGCUUCAAAUGCUCAGAAACCCUACCCACAGAGAUAUGUUACUGCACUUCCAUUGCCUAGGAAUCUUCCCGACAGGGUACAAUGUCUCUCACUAUGAUGAUUAGUUAAUUUAUUUUUCCCCCUCCUUUUGGUCUACUGUCUUGGAUCUCUCUACUUCUCUGAUCUAUUUUCUUGCUAGUUAUAUACUGGCCCAUGCACCGAAAAAAUAGAACCACACAAUGGGAAUGCGGAAGAAGAAUGGGUACUAGACUGUCUCCUUAAAAGCUAUGGAGGCUGUUUGAUCUUUUAUUUUCAGUCCAUUGAUGUUAGUCUUGAUAAAUAUAGGUUCUCAGCCCUUGUACAUCUGUAUGAAAUUUGAAAGAAAAGUGGGGUGCUCCCUUCGAUUUUUGCAGUAAAUGGGAAGAAUUAAGUGCAGGCUGGUAUUUAAAAGACGGUCGGUCACACACGAAUUUAGCAAUUUUCUGGUUAUACACAGAUUAAAUGAUCUUUCCUCUUAUUGAGUACUUUUGGAGCAUGAUUUUCAAUUUAAAUGGUGGUGUGGGUAUUUUAUUUCGGUGAGAGGCUGGAGAUUUGAAAAUGCCAUAGCUUAUUCAAUUGUGGAGUAGUUUCAUCAUGAGC